GAGAAAUUCUUAGCAAACUUCCUCAAUCCAGUCAAGUUGAAGAAAUGCUUAUUAUGCAAACUCUUAAAAUAACAUCUACUGGAUUCACUCAAAGAAAAUGCCUUUAUAAAUUACUUGGAUUAAAUAAGAAGAAAAGUGCAAUAGGUCACUGUUGUGAUUUAAUUUUAUGUGAUCAAUAUGAUUAUGUACAUUUGGUUGGUGAAGUGAGUGGACCACCCUCAAAAAAACUUCCAAAUAAAGAAAGAUUUGAUCUUGGUAGAAACAAUCGCAAUGCCAAAAAUGAAAAAAGCUUAUGCAAACUGGCUAUAAUUGCAGAGUUUGGACCAAUUUUAGAGGAAUUAGAUUUAGAUAUUCUGUUAAAUGAAUUAUAUGUAUUCAUGAUCCAAGUAAAAA